AUGGCGUCCACACCGAACGCUCCGAGUGCGGAGGAGCAGCGGGAAGAAAUUAAGCCGAUCCUCUCGAAGAGCCUUGUCAAAGGGGAUACUUGGUAUCUUCUCGACAACAAGUGGUUCAAGAAUUUCAAGGCCUUCACGGGACUGAGCACAUGGAGCACCGAGGCGAACGCGGAGCCGUCUGCCGAGAACCCUGGUCCCAUUGAUAACUCGAGCCUUUUGGUCCAAGAGGAGAGGGAACUCCGCGAGCAUCUGAUCGAGGACCUGGAUUUCGUGAUCGUGCACAAGGCGGCGUGGGAUAAGCUGGUCGAUUGGUAUGGUCUGGCACCGAAUCAGGAGCCGAUCCCGCGUCAGGUCGUGGAGCAGGGUAUGUACGUGAAGACCUGUAAGGUGGAGAUAUAUCCCUCGGAAUUGAAACUAUGUGAAUAUAGCGACCUCGAAAAGCAGGAGACGCGGAAGUUCAGCCGGCUCACGACUGUCGCCCAGCUCGAGACCGAGAUGCGGAAGAUCUUUGACGUCACGGCCAACAAGGAAACCAGAGUUUGGUUGCGUGAUAGCACAAAUGCCUACUUGCCUCUCAGUCAGAAAGAUGAUACCUUGGAGGAUCUGGGCAUUUCCACGCCACAUAGCACACAGGUGUUGGUCUUGGAAGUGAAGAACGAGGAUGACACCUGGCCUCGACCGACUCCAGCGAAAGCCAAGGAUGAAAAUUCCGCCAGCACAACGUAUCCGUCGGCAUCGAACGGCAUCGUGCAGACCCAGCGCUACAACUAUCGUUCUCAGAAGGAGGCCAGCUAUGGGUCAGUCCAACCGGGCCUCUGUGGCCUCAGUAACCUUGGUAACACCUGCUUCAUGAACAGUGUCUUGCAACUCAUGAGCAAUACUCCUGCCAUCAUGUCCUACUUCUGUGAUGACCAACACUUGAGCGAACUCAAUGUCGACAACCCACUUGGGAUGGGGGGCGAGAUUGCCAAGGCUUUUGGGGAGCUCGUCAAGCAGAUGUGGUCCGGUCUGCAUUCUUAUGCCAUGCCAAGGCAGUUCAAGACCCAAGUGGGACGCUUUGCACCUCAGUUCUCAGGGUAUCAGCAACAGGAUGCUCAAGAACUCCUCACUUUCCUCCUCGACGGCCUCCACGAAGACUUGAAUCGCAUACACAAGAAGCCCUACAUUGAGGCGAAAGAUACCGAUGGGAAACCUGACCCUGAGGUCGCAAAGGAAUCUUGGACUAAUUACAAGAAGCGCAACGACUCCAUCAUCGUCGACUUGUUUCACGGUCUCCUCAAGAGCACUGUCAUCUGCCCGGACUGCAAUCGGAUCUCUGUCACCUUUGACCCCUACUGCAACUUGUCUCUCCCUCUGCCAGGGAAGAAGGAGAAGCUGCUGGAGGUGACCUACUACUCCAGUAAUCCAGAGAAAGACCCCCUCCGUUGCAAAGUGGUUGUGCCAAAGCAUGGCUGCUUCGGAGACAUCUGCGAGGCUGUCGGUCGCUUACUCAAUGUCCCGGCGAAGGAGCUCGUUGUUACAGAUAAUCAUCAGAACCGGUUUCAGCGUGUCUACACCCAGGACGAAACCAUGACCGUGUCGGAUCGGGACGACAUCGGCGUUUACCACGUCCCAGAGCUGGAUAACUCUGACGUGGCUUGCAUCCCUGUGUACUUGAGGGAAAUUGUGAAGAAUACCCAGAAUCACAGAGAGGAUGUAACAACAGGCUUUGGAAUCCCAUUCUUCAUCACUGUGAACAAACAAUCCUGCACUGGCAAGGAAAUUCGGAAUGCCAUCUUGGCCAAGUUGUCCCGGUUCGUACGACAGCCUGAGAAUGAUGAGACUUGGUGGGAAAGUAACAUAACAGGAGUUUCCAUGAAUGGGGAUGUGAAGAAAAUGGACACAGAUGAAGAAGAUGAGGGAACUUGCAUGGAUGAAAAUGAAGAUAAAGCAAAAGAUGAACCACCUGAAAUGUACAGGUUUCACUUUACUCAUCAUUAUAGUAUAACCAACCAGGGCGUGAUUGAGAACACAACACAGGCAGUGAAGCUGCCGAUGCGACCGACCGUUGCCAUGACCUGGCAUUCUGCUGCCCGGAAGGCCUUCUUUGAUCUGAAAAAGAUGGAGGAGUUUGAGACGCAUGAAUCGAUGUCCCAGCGAUUUACCAGCCGCAAGACCAUCCAGCUGAGUGAGUGCCUGGAGCUGUUCACGACGACGGAGAAGCUCAAUGCCGACAAUGCCUGGUACUGCUCCAAGUGCAAGAAGCACCAAAUGGCUACCAAAAAGUUUGACCUCUGGUCCCUCCCCCAGAUCCUGGUGAUCCACCUGAAGCGGUUCUCUUACAACCGCUACUACCGUGACAAGCUCGACACCUUGGUCGAGUUCCCGAUCAACGGUCUGGAUAUGUCUCACUAUGUCAUUGACCCGGAGCAUCCCCAGGCCAUUUACGACCUCAUUGGUGUGUGUGAUCAUUACGGACACCUCGGUGGCGGUCACUACACUGCCUAUGCCCGCAACAAGGACGAUGGUUGCUGGUACCACUUCGACGACAGCACUGUCCAGCAGGCCGUCGAAGGGAAGGUCGUGUCCCGUGCUGCUUAUGUAAUGUUUUACCAGCGUAGAGGAGAGAAGGCCCAUCGAUACCCCGAGAGCAAGGAAGACGGUCUCUACAGCGAAGACGACAACAUGGAUGCAACUGAUUCUUAG